GGAUAAAAAAUCUGAAUCAAAAGGGGAGAUUGAGGGGAAAACUGCGAAUUAUUUUACCUAUUAAAUAUUCAUCAAACCGGGGUUAAGCGGAAACAAAGUUCAUGCGUGGGAAGGUAAUAAUUCAGAACAUUCUAGGGGUUUAUUUUUAGAACAUUGUCGCAUGAUUAUUUUAAGCGCCCUAUAAAAGCGCCGGAUAGCGCAAAAGCGCACCAACUGACGCCAAAGUACAAGUCUACACACGCCAGAGUUAAUUUCAUACAUAAUCAAAAUUACUAAUAGAAACACAAACUCUCCGGUUAUAAAAUGAUAAUAAACAUUGUUUUUGAGUCUGGAUUUAAUUUUGGGUAUGAAGUGGAGGGUUCUGUGAAUUAUGCUACUUUGGUGACGAAGAUAAAGGAACUUUUCCCUCAUGUACAAAUUGAAUCUCUACAGUGGAAAGAUGAAGAUGGCGAUCUCAUCACGUUUUCCUCCCAAGAAGAACUAAAUGAAGCGAUGGUGAAUGGAACAGAAGAACUUAAUGUUUACAUUCAAGAACUGCAGAACAAUAGUCCACAUGACAAUAUGUCAUUGGAGGACACACCACAGCAGGGUGCUACAGAAUACAAACUUCCUCAUCGAAAUCGAUUCUGUAAUAAAAAUGGACGCCAGAAGAGAUUUUACAUAGGAGAAGAAAUUCCAUUAAAUGAGCUUCCCGAAUUUUUCUCUGUUUCCAAAGUGCCACGCAAUAUCAAGAGACGGUUCAGGCGCUGUGGAAGAAAACGGCUUUUGCGUCAUCGCGCUCCUGCAGCUGCCGACUGUUACCCACACAGAAAAUCGCAUGGCAGACGACAAAUGAACGACCUCGAUGAAACUCUAGCAUCCAUGUCUAUUUCGGAGGAUGAUACAAAAUCAUGAAUGCUGACUUACAUGGUGUGUGUAUACUUCAUGACAUAUAAUAUUAUACACUGCAGUAAAUAUCAAUAUGUCUAUCGUGUACAUCGGGGAAUUUCCGUGUAUUUCAAAUUUCCGCGAUACACUUUGCGAGCAUCUGCGCUUCUUGAUCGAGCAAAAAAAAUCCAGUAAAUGUUGAUGCAAUGAAGGUUUAAACAACGAUCCGCAGAAGUAAAAAAAAAAACCAACAAUACCUGUACAUUUACAUUUGACUGUUGUAUACUGUAUUUUUCAUUGUACUAUAUACAUGUAACAUAUUUUAUGUCAUUUCGUUCAUAACUUGAUUUGACUUUCGUUAUGUGGGUACGAUUUAUAAAAGAAAAGAAUAAAUGUUUAUGAAAUCAUUAUGGUGUAAAAAGUUUUCAAUUGUCAAAAUAGUGGGUAUGUUCGUCCCUGGUCAAAAGAUCAAGUCUUUGAUUGCCAAAGAUACAUGUAAUGUGACCAGAAAUAAUUAGACAAUACAGAAAGAAUUACAUUGUAACUCUCCAAGGAGAGCAUUUGUCCAGUCAUACUCCGGUAUGAUAUAGUUAGAUUGUGACAACUAUAUUGAUAAAUGUAAUUAAGUAUACCAAUACAUCAAUUUGAAUAAACAUUAUUAUAUAA